UGUGUAUCAUUCUGUGGCAUGCAUUCUGUAAAAUAAAAUUUAGUCUACUGCAGUUCUCUCACCACGUGUUUCUCAACGAUUAGAUUAGGAAAUGGCGUCAGCAGCUAUCGAAAACGAUUUCGUGACUUGCAGUAUUUGCAUGAAUGAGUACAAUGAAUAUACCAGGAAACCUAAAGUCUUACCAUGUUCUCACACUGUUUGCUUUACUUGCCUCCAGGGGAUAUUUCAGGACAAUGCCAUUGCAUGCCCCUACUGUCGCCAAAGUUUUAAAUUAGGUGGUUAUUUAGAUGUGCAGAGGCUACCUAACAACAAUCAUGCUCUUCACAUCCUGAAGUUGAAUCAACAAAUAGCAGGAUUAACUCCAACAUGGCAAAACAUAGCAAAAAAAACAUGUGAUAAAUAUAUAAAGCCAUCGCGUCCUUGUUUCAAGUGCAAUGAAGAAGGCCAUAUGUCCUAUAAUUGUCCAACUGAUCCCAAUCGUGGAAGAGGUGGUGGAAGAGGCGGAAUCACACGUCCUUGCUUUAAAUGCAAUGAAGAAGGCCAUAUGUCCUAUAAUUGUCCAACUGGCCCGACUCGAGGAAGAGGUGGCGGAAGGGCUGGUGGCGGAAUCACACGUCCUUGCUUUAAAUGCAACCAAGACGGGCAUUUAUCUUACAAUUGUCCUUCAACUGGCGGAAGAGGUGCAAGAAAUUCUCUUGCAUCCAUUUACGGUGCACCUAGUUCCAACACUGUUCUGUCGGCUUUUGACGAUAAGGGAACAAUUACAGUCACGCCAGAUACAAAACCAUCGAGUUUUGACUCUGGUGAAAAGAAGAAUGAUAUGGGAUCAGCUUCAGACAAAGCCAGCAGUCCAUGGGCAACCGGUGUCAACACUGCUUCAAGAGGUGCGAGAAAUACUCCGACAUCCAGCUAUAAUGCACGUAUUGUUAACAGUCAACCUGUAUUGGAUUAUUUGGGUAUCGCGAGCAAUUCAUCUGCUGCAACGCCUGCUACAACAAUUGCUAGUAGUUGUACAAUUGCUGGUAUUCCUGCGACCGAUGAUUGGGGAUCAGCUAAUGCUAAUGCCAGUAAACGUGGUUCAGCUUCAAACGCAAACACAUUGAGGAUGAUCCCUUCAUUGGAUAAACGGUGUGAUUCUAGACCAGGAGAAGUGAGUGAUCGAAAUAUUAUGACGCGCAACCAAGAGAUUAGUCUAUCGGACCCGAAAAGAAAUUUUUGGAAUGGGACAUUCAUUCACGGAGGCUGGAGUUUCAAGGCCGGCUUGGAUAGUCUGGUCGACGACACUCGUUCUGUUCUUGCUGACUUGGAAAUGCCCAAAUCAAUAAGAGUUGUGGGCACUGUCGAACCCGAAAAAGUUUGGGCUUACUUGCGGAAAGUGAGCGAAACGAACCAAACGAUUGCCGAACACAUUGUUGUUUUCCAAAUUACUCCAGCUACAUCUGCUGAUAUUGAAGGCUACAAGUUCUUCUACGAUGAACUAAACUUCCUGGACAUGUUUGCCGUUAUUGCUGGCGCUCAAGAUUCAAAACUACCUUUGAGGUUUAAAGCCUUUUAUGUGGUUCCUUUGGGCAAAGAGAGUCCAUUGCCUUUCGAAUUACCGUUCUACGUUAAACCAUCUUUUCAGGAAAACCGCAAUUCAGAUUACGUGAUAGGCGUUGUGGUGGUACAAGCUCCGCCUGCUGUAGACCAACCCAUGUCUAAUGCUUCAUUGCCAAGACGAAAUGCAGUUGGGGCUACCCAAAGCGAUGCAGAAUCGGAAAAAAUCAAAAAUCAAGAAACUCAAAACUCAGAAUCCACUCUAGUUGCUUCAGCCCAGCCCCCACCUCGUAUCACUACUACUGGACGACAGCUACAGCAAGACACCCUUAGUGUUUGCCCCGUCAAAGCCAAAAUUCAGUCAAACUCAUCCCAACUGAAAUCUUCCUUGUCAAGGCCCACGUCUGUUGUCAAAUCAAUUUCAGUACUUUCAUCUUCGGCGAUAGCGGAAUCGAAAGAAGAAAAUACGCCUAUCGAAACCACACCCGCUACCAAUAAACCACCCUUCAAUCAAGGACAGCCUAUUGUCGAUGGAGAGAUGUUAACGCAAAAACAAAUAUUCGAGGAGCUGAACCGUCAAGUUGGAGUAAUAAAACACGGAAAGUUGACAGAAGCGACAAUGUCUGUUUCGCCGAUUGCAUCAUCCAGCCUUGAGUCUCCAAGUGGUCAAUCUACUCGAUCGAAACAAAAAAGGACAUCUGUACCGGAAGAAAGUUGUGCAUCUAAACGGUUCAAAAACGUGGUCUCAUCGAAGGAGCCGAAUCUCUCCUUAACGUCGAAAGAGAAGGGAAAAUCGGAAACUGAAGGUGUGCAGGCCCACAUCAGUUCGAGAAAGAGUAGAAGCCCGAGUACGUUUGACACAAGACUAUGUUUUGAGGACGGGUGCAGUAGUGAUGCGCAAACAAACAGUGUUUACUGUGCUAACCAUGUGGGAGAUUCACUCCACGCAAUGAGUGAGAAGUCGUCUCAGUUACAAGAAAGCCACAUUAAUUCGUUGACACCUCCCAGCACCUCUUCUGAUCAGCCGUGGAAAGAUUCGGUCGACUUCAUCCUGUUGGUUAAUCAAAAGACGGGCAAAGUUCUAUGUGACUAUUCUGCUCCUAAUGUAUGUAAUGUGGAGCAAAAGCUCAAAGACAAUUCUACGUAUGUAAUUGUGAAACACAAAUCUCAACCGACAAUUCCAGCAACGGCUUCAUCAUCAAAAGAUGAUGGUUCGAAGACAUCGUCAAUGUCAAUUAAAGUCCUCGAAGCCUAAAGCGGAAAGCCUAUGAUUUCUCACUGAACGACGGAUUUUUAAAGGAUCCCAUUUCUACAGCGGAACAUGAAGAACAUUAGCAGUUGGCUGGUGUAAUGGAAAUAAAGAAAUUUUUUUUUUUAGUAAACAGUAAAUUAAUUCUCUGUCCAAGUUAUCUUAAGCUGUUGAUCUUGAAUGUAACAAUUGUGAAUUAGUGGGUGCGCUAACUUGUUGUUUUCUGUUUUGUGUUGAUGUCGAAACAUUGUUGUAAGGUUAAGGUUUAUUCUAAUUAUCCAGACUGUGUUAUUUUACUCAUACUUGUUUGAAAGCAGAGAAAAAACCUAGAAAUGCUUCAUACACCAUUUUACGUUCACAAUUCCCGUACUA